UGCGAGGACUCUUUUUUCCUAAAGAUGUCUCGGUGAAGCUAACUGCACGGUUGUACAGACGUACAUAUAUUCAAUGGAGAAAAGAAAAACGCCAGCAGUCGGAAUUGAUUUGGGAACGUCAUUUUCGUGUGUUGGUGUUUUUCAAAACGGCAAAGUGGAAAUUAUUGCAAAUGAUCAAGGGAAUCGCACAACACCAAGCUAUGUUGCUUUCUCAAACACAGGUCGGCUCAUUGGAGAUGGAGCCAAAAGUCAGGUAACUAUGAACGCUGUAAAUACGGUUUUUGACGCGAAAAGAUUGAUCGGACGCAAGUUUAACGAUGACAGUGUCCAGGAAGACAUGAAGCUCUGGCCGUUCAGAGUCGUUAAUGACGAGGGAAAACCUAAAGUGGAAGUGUUGUACAAGGAAGAAAUGAAGAGGUUCACACCAGAAGAAAUCAGUUCCAUGGUCCUUGUGAAAAUGAAGAAGAUUGCCGAAACAUAUCUUGGACAGACAGUUAAAAAUGCUGUAAUAACUGUGCCCGCGUUUUUCAAUAAUGCACAAAGGGAGGCCACCAGGGAUGCAGGUGCAAUUGCAGGUCUUCACGUUCUUCGCAUCAUGAAUGAGCCCACUGCUGCAGCCCUCGCAUAUGGACUUGAGCAGAACGACAAAGGUGAGAGAAACGUGUUGGUCUAUGAUUUAGGAGGGGGAACGUUAGACGUAUCCAUAUUAACCAUUGACAAUUUAUCUGUUUUUGAGGUCCUGUCUACUGCUGGAGACACGCAUCUUGGAGGUGAAGACUUUGAUCACAUCGUGGUGAAUCAUUUCAUAGAAGAAUUCAAGCUGAAGCAUGGGAAGGACAUUACGGAUAACAGUCGUUCACUUAGACGCCUCAAAAUAGCCUGUGAGCGUGCUAAGAGGAUACUGUCGAGUAGUACAGAGACCUGCAUUGAGUUGGAUGCAUUUUUUGAGGGCAUUGACUUUUACAGUAAGAUUUCUCGUGCAACUUUUGAGAAACUUUGUAAUGAUUUGUUCCUUCAAACCCUGGAACCGGUGAAGAGAGCAUUACUGGAUGCUAAUUUAGAGACAUACCAGAUUGACGACGUGGUAUUAGUGGGGGGAUCAACAAGAAUUCCACAAAUCCAAAAAAUGCUCCAAGAUUUUAUGGGAGUUGAAGUAUUAAAGAGAUCUGUGAACAUAGAUGAAGCUGUGGCCUAUGGUGCAGCAUGUCAGGCUGCCAUCCUUGUUGGAGACAGAGGUGAAUCACUUGAAGACAUUGUUCUAGUGGACGUGGCUCCUUAUUCCCUGGGCAUUGAGACAGCUGGGGGAUUUAUGGACAACAUUAUUAAAAGAAAUACCAGAAUUCCAGCAGGGGCAUUACAGACAUUUACAACUUUUUACAACAAUCAGCAGGGGGUGACAAUUCAAGUAUUUGAAGGUGAACGUGCAAUGACUAGGGACAACAACAGUGUAGGGAAGUUUGAACUGAAAGGCAUUCCUCCAGCAUUAUGUGGUGUUCCCCAAAUAGAGAUAUCAUUUGACAUUGAUGCCAAUGGUAUUGUGGAUGUGACUGCUAGAGACAAGAAAACAGGAAAAUGGAACCAGAUCACAGUCUCAAAGGACAAGCUGAGUACAGAUGAAAUAGACAGAAUGAUGAACGAAGCAAAGAAGUACCAAGAGGAGGAUGAAAUUGAACGUCAAAGAGUAGAAAUUAGAAACUAUCUCGAGUCGUAUUUGAUUUCUAUGCAGGAACAAGUACAGAAUGCAAGUGAGAAUCUGCAUUUGAACGAAAUAAAAACCAUUUCCAUUUUAUACAAGGACACCUUUUCCUGGCUGGACGGUAUUAAUGGAGUUGACCUAAUGGCAUUAAAACACAGGCUGUGUGAAGUACAGCGUCAAUGCUUACCCAUCCUUGAGAAACUUCAGAGCAGGUCACAAAGCCAGCAUUUUACCAGCAUGGAAUUUACUUAGCCAUGACACUGGCUAUUUACCCAAUAUUCAUAGUACAUGUGUUAGUUUUUUUCAGAGUUUUUUUUUUUUUUAUAGUAAUCUGCUGUUUAAUUUAGAAUAUGUUAAUGUUGCAAGCUGAGGUCUAAAGCAAUUUAUCUCUCUCUCUGAAU